AUGGACGCCGUAAGCCUCAACGACUACGAUCUCGACAAGCUCAACGACAAGGACAAGGCGGAUCUGCGCCAGUUCCUGAAUAACGAGAACCAGAAGGCGCGCGUGCAGUCCACCGUCCACUCUCUGACCGACAUGUGCUGGAAGAAGUGCGUGACGGGCGCCAUCAAGCAGGGCAAGCUGGACACGACAGAAGAUGGGUGCAUCGUGAGCUGUGUGGACCGCUUCUUGGACGUUAGCAAUUUGACGAUGAAGCACCUGCAGAACCUGCGACAGGGGUGA